AUGAACAUCGAAGAAGAGAUGCGUUCUACGCAGACUCAUCAAGUCGAUGAUAUCGAAGAUGCAAAGGCAAAUUCGAUUUUUGAGGAAACCGCAGUCGGUUAUAAAGAAUAUCGGGAAGGAUUACAUGUCGAGCUCUCAAGAAAAGAUUGGCUCAUCUUUGAGGAAAUAGAACUCGAAAUGGUAUAUGCCGGCUAUUUCUUUGGCCAGUACCCUUGUGGAUGGCUCGUCGGACGGUUCCCAGCUCAACGGGUUCUAGGAGCGAGCUGUUUCGUAUGGGGCAUUAUGGUGCUGAUUUUGACGCAAUGUCAAACAUUCUCAAGUGCUCUGGCUGUUCGUUUUAUUAUGGGCAUCUUCGAAGCCGCCGUUACCCCUGGAUUAACUCUGAUGACUGGUUUCUGGUAUACACGAGCGGAGAUUCCACUCCGUUCAUGUAUUUGGUACUCAGCCCUUGGGUGGGCUGGGAUAAUCGGUUCCUACAUGUCAUUCGGAAUUGCCAAGCUUCCAGCAGACUUCUCUCCAGCACGCUGGGAGCUUCUGUUUUAUAUACUGGGUGGAGUGACCUGUCUCUGGGCGGCUGUGAUCUUUUUCGUUCUACCCGAUUCACCAUCCAGCGCAUUCUUCUUGACAAAGUACGAGCGGAUAAUAGCUGUUAAGCGCGUUGCUGCUAAUGAAACAGGUAUCAAAAACAAAGCAUAUGAUGUAAAGCAGGGCCUUCUGGCGUUCCGUGAUCCCAAAGCAAUUCUACUCUUUAUAUCUAUAUUUGCGGCUGCAAUUCCCAAUGGAGUUGUCAAUUCGUUCUCGACGGUUAUUAUUGAAGAUAUGGGCUUUUCGACGACAAAGACAACUGAGCUGAAGUCAGUUGGCGAUGCAAUUGUCAUCGUCUCAUUGGUUAUCGGGGGCACUAUUACUUUGAAUGUGCCGAACUCUCGAUUAUUGACCUCGACGGCUGCUAAUAUUCUCUGUACCGUUGCUGCUGCAUGUCUAGCAUAUCUACCAAGAGAGGAAAAAUGGUCCAGACUAGUUUGCUUUUGGCUCGUGAAUGCACAGUCUGUUGGCUUUGCUGUUUCUUUGGUCACGAUAUCUUCCAACAUGGCUGGUUAUACGCACAGAGCAAUGGCCAAUGCUCUUGUAUUCACUGCCUAUUGCUGGGGUAAUUUUGCUGGACCAUUCGUCGUGAAGCCAUCUCAAGCUCCUGAAUACAAAGGCGCGAGCGUAGGCCUCUUGGUGGGGUACGCAAUCAAGCUUGCAUGCCAUAUCUCUUUAUUUGGCUAUAUGUUUAUUAUUAAUCGCCGCCGCGACAGGCUCUAUGGACCGGCCGACAAGGCUAGAAGUAAUGAAGCUGGCAUGCAGGAUCAAACGGAGUUUGAGAACAAAGACUUCCGCUAUGUACUUUGA